CCAAAGUAGAAUAAAGUCGGAACGAUAAGUCGUUUUCGCAAAAAUUAACGAGAGCAUCUUCAGUAUUUGAGUUUGGAUUUGCUCUGUGUCUGUAGUAUAUUUGUAGAGAAUUUUUUAUUAGUUUCUCAUCAAAAAAGUUGAUGUGAUUGCGAGUCCCGUUCCUUUACACGUCGGGGACAAACUUCUGCACGACAACACCAUAUCUUCGACCGAACCAGCAAUCUCGACGUUAGCGACUGAACGGCGUCGUCAGGAGCGCUGUCAGAAACGCUUCGUCUUCUAGCUUCCUUUUUUUCAAGCACGCCAACGAUCUUUUUUUUCUACUUCGUCGACCUUGCACUUAUCUUUCAUCAACGAGUUGCAGUGCUUAGUUCUUCCUUGACGAUUUUGACUAGUUUUUAUAGCCCAAUGCAUAAUCAAAUUGAUAUUGAAAUUGACCUGACAAGGUGGAGUUUUGUUGCACAGAUUAAUUGCAUGAAUAGCAUACUUGUUUUUCUCUUGACAUCAAAAAAAAAUAGAAAAACGAGGACAGUAUAGUAUUGAGAAAUGACAUGAAGAUUUCGUAUCUAGUCCUCUUAUAUAUUGCACGCAACAUAAAUGUCUAAUCCCUUUCUCUUGUCUAUCAACUGUCUCGUCUAAUGAACCUUAGCUGUAACUUUCAGAAAUAGAACAGAGCACCGUGUCUAUUAAGAUUAACAAGAAGGCAAACACAAGAACUACAUCAAUACAAGUAAAAGUUGUACUUGUAGUACUUAAGAAAUAGAAGUGGUAGAAUAAAGUAGCAGCAGUUGUACAACUGGCAGCAUCAGCAAUCACAAAAGCGAUAGGAGAGACCAGAGGCUGUCGAUCAUGUCCCGCGAGCAGCUUGGUGAACAAUGGGAAGCUGUCGGCUUCGACGACACACCAGGACCGUUUUUGCCGUAUGUAACAGCCUCCAUAGCAGAUCGUCUAGUACUCCUUGUUUGUCUUCAACAUAUGUUGAAGUUUAUACAAAGUGCACCAAGUACAUCUGCAGACCUACGUACUUAUCUAUGUAUAACUAUUAGCAGCUUGUCUGUCAUGAAUUACUAAUGACAAUGAGCCAGGUGCCGGGGGGGCUUGAUGUGUCAACGUAACCUAACUGAAUGACCUGUACAUUACAUACCAACUCUCAUCCUCGUCCUCUGUCAUCUCUAACACGGCGCUUUCUCUCCACGCGACGUUCCUGCAGAUUUCCUCGUCCAAUGCUGGCAAUGCGGUGCAGUGCUCUCUUCGCGCGGCGAGAAAACUAAAGGGCGGCGCUGUCUACAUUGUUGUCUCCUCUUCUGCCCAGAUUGUACACGAGAACUAAAGGAUUCCGAAACCGCUUUGUAUGCGAGUAUUUUCGAAGUAGGUGGGGAAUUAGGUGGGUCUUCUGGCGGUGGAGGUGGCCAUGGUGGUGGGAAUACUUCCGCGGCCAUACAACAAGGCAUUCUUCAAAAUCAUCAACCAGCAGUGCCCGGCCCCAGUACUGGUGCCGCUGCUAGUAGUGGUCCUUUGAUGUUGGCAGGUGGAACGAUUGGUGACUCAGGUGGGAACCAACAUCAUGCAGUCAGCGCGUCUGGUGGGAAUCCGGCUGCGUCUAUCACAGCAAGCCAGGGAGCAGAUGCGAUUCCGGUUUUGUGCUGUUCUGGAGGUUAGCUUUUUUUAUUGUUCGAUCCGAUUACUUCUUGUUUUGCUGCAUGUCACUUGUGUAUACUAGAUUUUAGAUCAUUCAUCAUGGUAGCGUCCUCGCUGUGGAUUCCUUUUUUCUCGACAUGAUUGAAUUCCAAAAUUCACCACGACUUGCCCAUCGAUCAGGGAAGUCUUCCUGUUACCGCUGGUUUCAAGAUGUUUCUCGGGUCAUCCCGAGUCGAGAAGCAAUCGAACCUGCAGUUCGACAGAUAUCGAAGCUUAGUUUAAGUGAGCUGGUCCAGUGCGCCAAACAUGGAGAGGUAUGUCGGAACCCACCAGCUUUGCGCAGGAUAGCAACAACGGAUGAAGAAGAAGAACCAGUUGUCUUGACUUGGGAAGUAGACCAAGCUGCUGUUACCAGCACCAGCGGAACUAGCGGAGCACCAGGAGGUAAAAACGGCACCACCUCGACCAUGUCCACUGCUCGAGCCAUCGUCGUCGAGCAAGUUCCUCUCUCCCCAUCAGCUUCGCCUUCCAGGGUGAUCAAGGAAGUGGAGAUCCUGCAACCUUCAUCAGCAGACGAAGAGGCAACUGCGACUGGUGGCAUAACCGACGUUCACGACGAUUUCAUGCUCACAGAUGCAGAUGACUCACUGAUAGAAAGUAAUGAGAAGAUGAGCACAGGGAGUGCGAGCAGGCUUGGUAGUCUUUUUUCGAAUACGAAGUCUCUGUUUCGUGAAAAAGCAUCGCCAUUGGGAGCUUUGUUCCAGGGUGCGGGGGGUGGGUCAUUGUCUACAACAGGGACAACUGGGACUUCUACUCCACCGACAGGCGCUCUUUCGCAAACAAAAGUAGAACAUCCGAAACAUGAUAGUCUCAACGCUGCUCAAAAUGACACCAUCGAUCCAACAGCACCCGCAACAGUAGCAUCCACAAGAACUCAAAAUCAUCCUACUCCUGAUGCAGCGACGACCGCGAGGAAACUCCGCAAAACUCUUGCCAGCUUAAAGCUUCGCUGCGUAGACAGACUUGGUCGCAGCUCACGGACAAAGUUCACAGCCUUGGAACGGAAACUGGUGGCGCCUUUUAGACGCCAUCUAGUCGAACAAAACUAUUGGAGCGUUGCAAAACUUGUGCAAAUGUCGAUGGAUUUCGAUGAUGCGGUUGACGUUGCGCUGUUAGCAGAGCUUUUACUGAAUCAUGCGAAUACGUCGUCUAAGAUGACAGUUGUGGGGUCGGAAGGAGGAGGAGGAGGAGGAGGCGCAGAUCAUCUACAACAGCAUUUGCAGUUGGACAUAAACACUGCAGCUCAUAGUUUUCCAACCUCAACCUCAACAACAAAAACUGAAGUAGUCCAUCAAGAAGUCCUCCAAAAAUCUUCUUCUUCAUCAUCUGCUGAGAAUCUCCUUCAAGAAACGAUAUUAAGCCAUCAUGGAGUCGUUUCCGAAGAAGUACUCAAUCGUACCAGCAAUCUGGAAUUAGUAUUCCUCAUCGCUUCAGUCCUUGGUUGGCUGAAUAAAGCAUUGUCGUCUCAAAAGAAGAAACUUCGAAGAACAUCGUUCUUUAGGACUAGCACUGCUGGCUCAUCGGGUGGUGCACCUUCGAUCACAGGACCAGGCAGUGCGCCACCUCCUUUGCAUGCGAGUCAAGUUCAACAGCCGCAAGCUAAUGGAACUUCUAUGGUCGCUGGAGUUGGCCUUUCAGCUAGCACAAUGAUGACUGCUUCACGAGGACCUGCUGCAACGGGCGAGCAAGGAGGAUCAGGUCUCCCCGAUCUUCAAGCAGACGACACAACCGGCCCACUUGCGUCUCCACCGGGUUUGCCUGUGCGAACGUCAUCUGAAAAUCUCGGCAACUCCGCGAAGUUGAGUGAUCGCAGUUCAACGCGAGGUAGCAGUCCUGCUUGUUCGCAAUUGCUCGGAGCACACCGUGGUGUGUCUGCUUCUAGCCAACAACUGAGUCGGACUGGGUCCAAUACAGGGCCGCCACUUCUCAGUCGCAUGGCAUCGCAACAAACGACAACAAGCAGUGUGAAAGACAUGCCAUUGAACGCUGUGUUCGGUGGUGGUAGUGGCACAGCAGGAACUACAGGCAUCACGAAAUCACUUACCAGGAGAGGCAACAACCAGAUCAUUUCGCCUGCUCUCGUUCAAACCUUGAUGAGUCUUGGUUGGUUUUUUUCGGUGCAGUAUCCAAGUGUACAGAGGCUCAUCCCGAUUGUGCAGUCCGUUUUACUCCCCAGACUAGAGGUGAAGAGUUUUUUAGCUGAGGUUUUGUUGGACUGGUUGGCCAUGGUCGACAACCUAUACCGGGAACUAGUAGCCGUCCUGCAUACUUCACCUGGGCCAAGUGGUUCACCAGCUGCAACAACAUGUUCUGGUGGACACGGAAUACUAGCAAGCUCUACUACAACAAGCGGAGGUGGAGGUCCUUUGACGUCGCUUUUUCGUCGAAGUGAUGUCAGUGGUGACCGCUCAUCUACUUUAGGCGGAGGAGGGUCAACUGCUGGCACAGGUACAGCGAACGCCAAUCAUUUUGCUAGUAAUACAUUUUCCAGCAGAGGUGGUUCUGUCGUAGCUCUAAACACCAGUGCUCCACCCUCAGCCAAGGACAAUAGUCCCGACGACUUACCGCGAACAACCUCUUUCGCAGGCGGGGAUGCGUUCAGCAUGUGCGAUGAAAAUUUGGACGAAUACGUCCUUGAAAACCUCCAAAAACUAGAGUCUUUGGUACAGCUGCUGCAUGAAUUGCGAGAACAGAUUUUUCAGACGCUGUUUUCCUUCUUUUUCCCCGCGCAAUUGGCCGAACUCCUAAGCUACAAUCCGGAGACGGUGGCGCGAUUUGCAUCUGAACAAGAAAAAGCGGUUGCUUUUAACCCGCCUUCGAUGUCGGGUGUCAAUACAAAUGAUCGUACUAGUGCUAGUGGUGAUAUCAGGAAUCAGGAAAUAGCAGGAGGUGGUCCAGGGAUUUUUCCAACUGCAUCUGCGACCGGAACCUCAGUAGGAGGUCCAUCGCAAGCAAGCUCUUUUUCCAGCAGUGCACCUGGCUCAGGAGCAUUUCAUAGCGCCGCGACCAAACAAGAUGACAACCUCAGUGUUGAAAUGCUUCCUGCACUUCCGACGACCGCCGUUGCCGCAGAAGUAGUUCCAGUUUUGACAUCUUCACGCCGCAGCGUAUCAUCUGCCGAGGACGCUGUAUUGACCUCCGCAUCGGCACAGAGAACAAGAAUCAUUGCUGGUGGAAACGUAGAGCACUACACCCCUGGUGCUAGUCCUCGUCCUCCUCCUCCUCCAGUAGGUGGGGGUCAACUAGCAGCACAUCAGCACAUCUAUCCACCGCAAGGAUCCCCGAGACGACGUAAUAUCUUGGAUGAAGCAUCAGUUACAUCGACUACAGCAACUGCUACAAGUGGAGGAGGUCAUCCUGAUGCUCAUGCUACAGGAGGGCGCGGUCAAAGCUGUCAAAAUAGAAGCAGCAGUGCACAGCAGAGCCCUCGUGUGAGCAGUUUCAGGCCACCUUCACGUCGACAGUCAGCGAUAUCAGCCUGCUCAGUUGGUUCUGCAGCGGGUGGGAUAGUGGAUGGAACGGUGGGAACUGUCGUCUUCAACAGCUCUCAGGUGGAGCAAUUGUUGCGACAACGACAGUUCGAGUUCACUGGUGUCGCGUCACCAACCACUGUCGCCUCACCACGCUUCUUUCCUACAACUGCAGCUGGUGGGGGAGGUCUGACAACUCCGGUGACCACCACUCAACAAGGUCAACAGGGCGGGCACCAAGCAGGCAAUAAUUUGACGUUGAGCAACAUAUCUGCGACAUCAUCUGGUUCAGGCUCAUCUUCUUCGACACCUGGAGGGGCGUUUUUGAGUGGUAUGGUAUCGCCACCUCCUGGUACAGCUACAAGUGUACAACUUCUAGAGGGAACAGUAGGACUACAACCAGGUGAAGUUGGAGUUGGAGAGCAUCAGGGUCGUUUUGGUGUUGUACCAGCACAGGGUCGUUUUGGUGGCGUACCAAUAAGAAAAGGAUUUUCUAAAAAUCAUCAUCAAGGUGGUGCGGGGACGAAUGGUUCUGGUGACCCCACUGCAUCCUCUUCUACACCACGAAGCCACGCUACCCACUGCUCAAGGAAAAAGCUGCUGAACACGGAAAGGCGGGUCUCAUUCGACGACAAGCCGUUGACGACAACUUUCUUGCAGCCGGGAAGUUCACCACCAAAAGACUUAGUGGAGGAAGGCGCAAGUGGAGUCCCAGUGGGGGAAGCCUGUGGUGAUCCGCUUGCUGCGUCGGACUCGGAAACGGAGGGAGAGCCUAAAGCAGCCACCGCAGCCUCUUCUGCCUCUUCUUCUGGUUGCGCAAGUUUCACUUUGGAACCAAUAUUAAGGUCAACGUUUAGUGUCCAUCUUUCUCGGCAUCUCGGUACAACCUUUUUCUCUUGUAUUCUCAUGAAAUACAAGGUACCUAAUAAAAGAGGUCAGGAACAGGAUGAGGGGGCCGAGAUGCACUCUAGCAGACUCCAACAACAGAAGCCGAUGUUGAUGAUGGUGGUACAUUAGGAAGCACGAUAACGUCGACAGGGCUGUCUUUACCGUCGCCAACCGGAGGUGGUAAGUCGAUGCUUACAGCUUUGAAACCGACAACAUCAAACUCAUCUGGUUCUUCUAUAGACAGCACAACCGCGCCAGGAGGAGCGGGCGGCAGUACGGUGACAGUGGGAGGGAGCUCAUCAUCAACCUCUAAAACUCCGCCUUGUUCUACCGCUAGUGGUACAACUGCGCCGGCGUCAUCAUUCGCGACAGGAGGAGCUUCUUCACAAGUUCAUCAUAUAAACGACAAGAAUACAACUUCUUCGAAGACUUGUUCAUCAGCAGCACCAGUGGUGUAUUCUCCGACUGGUGUGGUGUCCUUCACGCCUUCAGGCGACGUUUGGGACGCUGUGUCGCUACGUCUAUGCCGCGAACGCCUCUCUGCCAGGUGGGCAUACCAGUAUUGGCAAAGACUGUUGCAAUCAUGCGCUCACUCGCUUCUAGUUCAACAAGAGUUUUUGCAGACAUUGGUUCAUGAACCAAGUUUCCUGUGUGACUUCGGAUUUGAAGCAGGUAAAAUAGAGUUUCUACAGUUGGGGUCAAUCAAAGGUGCGAAAUUGCUGGGUGAAAGUAAUAGCCAGAGUCGUGCGAUGUUGGUGAAAGUGUUCCAUCAGCAACAGGUGAUGCAGCUACAACCAGUUUUAGAGCAGCAUCAGCAGCGGUUGGAGAAGGGAGGAAGGUUUUUGCAGCAAGAUGAGGAAGGACGGAAAGUCGAUGCAGUCACAGAAUCAGCAGCCAUAACUCCGUCUUCAUUGACUGCGACUAUAGAAACCAGAACGGAUAGUGUGAGUCAGCCGGUGGCACCACCGAGUAGUGAAGGGCAACGUAUUCAAGGCAGCAUACCAAGCGCGGCUGAUAUCAUCAAAGUUGCUGGCAAGGACAAGGUUAAUUUAGCACAAGCAGACAAUUUGAUAAAGCCUGACCACCAACCACAACUUUCUUCAAGUCACCAGAAUCAACCAAAUACUGACACAGUCACCAAAGAAGACUCAAAUCUCAAUGUAUCAGCAUCUUCGAGUUCGAGUAGCGCAUCAGCAGAUGAUUCUUGUGGAGGCGCCGCUUGCUCAACACCCACCACCACAACUCAGGACACCGCAUCCAACCUGGCACUUCUACCUGCUUCAACACAGAAGCAAGGCUCGACACCAGCUAGCGGUCGACCUGCUUCCAGCAGCAAAACGCGCACUUUGGCCCGCAAGCCGUCUUUGCUGGAUGACAUCAAAACGAGUGAAGACCUUUACAGUCGAGCGCGAUCUUCAAAACCUAAAUUUGUCAUGCGAGUGGAAGAAGAAGAUCAAGACGACGAUGCAGCAAGUUUUGGUGGCAGUUCUGUCGAUAGUGUAGACUUGGCAGAGUCGGAUGAUCAGGGAGGCAAUGGAGCAGGAGCGCAGAACCAGGAAGUGAAGGAAACGAAAAACGCAGGUGACGACGAUAACAAGGCUUCUAAGUCAGAGCCGCAAGCUGAAACAUCUGAUAGAGGCGAUGACGUAGAAAAGGUAGUAGGAGAAGAAGGUCCACCACAGCCUGCUCCUGCACCUCCUGAGAAGAAAGCCAUAACAAAUCAGCUACAGGUAGAGGAACAAGAACCACCGAAAGCAAUACCGCCAACGGCGGACGAUCCGCCUUCCGCCGUCCAAAUGGCCGAACCUUCAUCAUCGGCCACUGCAGAAGCCACUGCAUCCUCGGCCGUCGCUGCUACACACCAUAUCCACCAACAGCACGCACCACACAGUUGUACUCUCCCAUCCACUCUUCCCUCCCUCUGUCCAACUCCCAUGUACCCAACUACUAGCCCGACAGCUGCUCCCGCGGCAAUCGAGAAGAAGCUUCUGCUCAUCAAGAAAGGGGACAAAGACACCUUGCGCAAAGAGAUCUGGGCGAGCUUGGUGAUUCAACUUUUCCAUGAAAUCCUCUACGCUGACCCCAGGGUCAUCGCCAAGUUAGAGGACAUUGGCUGUUCCGUUGACGAUUUUACUUACGGGCAACAUCAGCGAGCCUCAGCUCAUCUCCGAGGACACCAUCUUCAUUCGGCCUUUUUCGUUUCGAAAACUCAAAAUAAGCGAGUUACUGAAUGAAAUAUGGGAGGUAGCUUUACCUCAAGGCUACUCUUCGUUCUGCUCAGUACCUCGGUUAUUCUGAUCAGUUACUUGCAUAUUUCAGUUUUUCGAAUACUUGAAAACGACUUUUGAAGGAAGAUUCUCCUCUAUAAGAGAUGGGCUUUCGUUGCUUCUAACCCACUGGCACUGCCUUUCGAAUUCUGCAGUACGACAAGGAAACCAUCAUAGUUUGUUGUGUCGCGAAUGCGUUUACACUACGGGAUAUAGCGAGAGGCAGAGAUAUCAAAACGUCGACUGAACUAGCUCAAGAGUCAGCGGAGGAGAUGGAGGAAUGCUGUGCGGUUGACAGGUCAGCGCUGAGUGCGUCACAUCACAUGUCUAUGAGCAGUAUGCAAGCGCCAACUGCAGGGUCAAUGUCAAACUCUUGUAUUGUUGGUGGACCAGGAGGAGACGGUCUUGCAGGCGGUGGUGGUGCAAACAAGAACCGUUCGACCUCCACAGCAGCUCCAAUGCAUUCUUCGACCUCUCAGCUACCAGCAGCAAGAGGUGGGCAGAAACACUCUUUGGCUGAUUUUCUACACCGCCACAAUGAACCGCCACACGAUGAAUUCGCCAGACGUCGUCUAGCCUGGUCAGCCGCAACUGCGCUUGUUUUUUCCUUUGUCCUGGGGCUGUUAUGGCAUAACAAGUGUGCCAUCAGGAGCAUUUUUAGAUUUAGAUAGAAGAAGAAGUGCCAGCAGUAGCACAGUCCCGCUUAAUACCCAGGAUCUACUUGAUGAAGAAAGAAAACUGCCUAUCUCAUCACCCUCCGCCGUGUUUCUAACACCCGGCGAUCGGCAUCAGGAAAACGUGAUGAUAACAAAAACGGGUGUGAUGUUUCACAUCGAUUUUGGUUUCGUUCUGGGAGAGGAGCCGUUGAAUUUAGUUAAUUUGGUCACCAAGGCGAAACCGAUUCGAUUUGACUACACAGGUACAUACUACGACUGUAUUAGAAAAAGCGAUCGAUUCGAUCUGAUACAGGUAUUUUACUUCUUGUGGUUAAGAAAAUUGUUGCAAUCAUGACUAGAAUUUCGAUUUUGCUAGAGACGGGCUACUUCUGACGCGAUCCAGAAAAAGACGAGGCAUCAUUUCCAAGAAGAAACAAGAAACAAGAACACUUGAGAAAUCGUAUCCGCCCCAACAGAGCUGUACGGCGCCCUGGGACACAAGUGCACGGUGGAGGUGUUUUGGCCGGCUCUGGGCAUAAUCUUCAACGCCCUGCGACCGGAGUGCUACCUAAUCGCAAAGUUUGUGAACAAACAUCUAGGACCGAGUACAUUUUGUUUCUAAAGCUUUUGUUUGUGCAAAUAUUGGAUGAUGUGUUGAAAGUCGGUGUCAUCGGGAAAAGGGCUGGCUUGAAGGAACUGUCGUCUUGAUUCCCUGGCAAAAGGUCGCUGCGAAGAAGAUCUAAAUUCUCCCCACCCCCAUCAAGGUUCCGAGAAGCUCACCGCUUUCCUGUCUUCGCGAUUGCAACCGUGCCUAACUGACGAGCAGGGUGAAGCCUUCAUUGUGCAAGUUGUGACGAGGGCGAAGGAGUCGCAGGCACAACAGUGGCUGAAGGAUCGGAUACAUUAUGAUGGGAACACUAUAAGUUUCAUCAGGAGGGUUAGCUUCCUUAGUUAAAAAUAUGAUUCUAAAUCCCCCAGCUGGAGCUCGGACAGAUGGUACACCGUGGUAAGGAUUGGACGGCGAAUAUUGCAUCAAGCUUCGGAAGCUUGAUCACAAGCGGAGCGGCGGAACUUGGCAGUAGUUUUUUCGGAAGUGAAAAAUUAUAGGAUUUAGGAUUAUCGAGGAUGUAGAUAAAAAGUUGUAAUGCACCAAAGAAAUAAAGACCUGUAAGUUGUCUACUGUUUUUAGAAUGAUAAUUGCGCACAUCCACAUACUUACAACAAUGUCAAUCUAAAUAGAGGACGCUGGAAGCAUAGCAGCAGCACACAGCGACAUGAAAGUAGGCACUUAUUUUUCUCAGAUUUUCAUUUCCCAGGAGCACGUACUCGUCGUUUUUGACUUAUCACGCAAUAUCAGUUUACCAAGUCUAGUUAAAGAAAAUGAAUCAAUCUUAGUUGAUCCAAAUAUUGAUUUCCGCUUCCGCUUCCAGCACCCGGGGUUCUUUGCAUAGGAUGAAAAGAGGCCCACAGUGGUAUUCAGUUCUGUACAGCCCGCGCAAACGAUCCAGGAGCCGAAUCUAGAUUCCGGACACAAGUGGCUCCGACGCUUCUGUAUAGGUGCUGGCCACACUGUCGCAGAUAUAGCCGCUUAAGGAAUUUGUGGCAGAUAUUUUUCGCCUUUCGUUGUACUACGAUAUAAUAUUUUCAAAUGCUAAUCAUUUUCACAAUCACGCUCCUUAAAUUUCCCUUUCACGCUGUAUUUCUUGUCUUAAGUCUUUCUUGCUUAAAUCUGGUUUGAUGUGCUGUGAAGCAAUCUUGAAUCUUGAUGCCCCGUAGUCGGCGGCGAUUUAGGAAACAUUUGUAGUCAUUUUUUCAUGACGUGCAGUUUUGUUUAAAGAUCAAUUGGGUUGUUAUAGACGAGUCAGCCUCGUUUUCUUUGUAUUGAUUCGAAGCUCUCAUCCAGAGGCACCUUCCAGCAACUACACACACCUAAUUUUAUGUCGUUGCUCCUAUUCGUCAAACCUGCAUCUGCAUAGACAGUCAAAAUUUUAAAUCGAAAUCAACGAUUUCUCGUUCCGCGGCACACGACCACGGUGUUAUCUUCCACCCCUGAUUCCUGAUUCCAGAGAUCAAUUUAGAAAAUUGUUGGUCCCUGUGACCUGUUAUGGAG